AUGGCGACGACACUGCGCUUGUUUGGGAAGAAUAUCGUUGUCCGUCCAUCACCGCCACCGCCGCUAUCACCACCGCCAACGACGAUUUCUCCAGCUCCACCGCCGCUACCGACAUCGCCACCGCGGCCACCGCCAACGACGAUUUCUCCACCGCCGCCGCCGCCAAAAGCCGAUGCGAUCGAGCGAAAAGAUACGGCGGAAAGAAAGCACUGGCACCGGUUCGGCGACACGGCGGAAGUCGAUCGAAAGCCGCGGUCACGCGAUCGAGAGGAUGAUCGACAGCGAUCGGAUCGAGAAAAUCACCACCACCACCGCAAAGGCAGCGAGCGAAAUAAUCUCCAGCAGCAACGCGACGAUCGAGAUGGCGAUUCUCGCCACCGGCAAGAAUCGCUCCAUCCCCGCCAAGAUCGUCGGCCAGAGCGCCCGCAUUAUCCGCAAGAGAGGAAGGAAGGAGAAAAGGGCGGCAAGAUCGACGAGGAGCUCUGGCAUUACACCAGCUCCACCGGGAAGACGCAGGGCCCCUACAGCAUCCACUUGCUCAAGAAGUGGCGAUCGAUGGACAUCCUCACCGGCGCCAUCCGCGUGUGGAGGCGCGGCGCGGCGCCCGCCACCGAUUCCAUCGACCUCGCCGCGCUCAUCGAUUACUACGACGAGGCUGGCAACGCUGGGAUCCAGACCUGGAUGUACGAGGACGCCAAGGGCGCGUUGCAAGGGCCGCGGUCGCUAGACGAGCUGCGCAGCCGGAUUGCCAGGCUCCCCGAGGAGCUCAAGAUCUGGAAGAUCGGCCAGAGCCAGGAGCGCGUGCUGUUUAGAGAUCUGGCGAAGAUCGGUGACGAUCGCGGCUCGAAAUCUCCCCAGAGGCGACGAUCGAGGGAGGAGGAGGAGGGGGAAGAAGCGGCCAGGAAGAGGGCAAGAAGGGAGAGGGAGGAUAAUCGCCAUCACCAUCACCACCAUCGGGAUCGCGAUCGCGAGCGCGAGUGGAGGCCUCCGGGCGUGGCGUGCCGAUUCUACGAUAAAGGCUAUUGCCGCAAUGGGGCGAAAUGCGCGUUCCUCCAUCUAAGCCUAAGGUAA